GCAGCGGGUCCGGCAGAGACCACGUCCACUGUCUGUCCCUCUUGAGCGCGGAGACACCACAGAGAUCAUCUAACAUCAUCCCCUGCCUUGCCUCCAGUGCGUGUCUCUGAGUUUGUGUUUGAUAUGCACAUUCACAAGUGUGUGUAGCUUGUGGAGUGCGUGUGAGUGUGUGUGUGUGUGUGUGUGUGCGUUAUACCUGUGAGGUGAAGACAUGGGUACGGUGGGAGCAGAGCGCCGCAGGCCCACGCCGGUCCAGACUCCUGAGGAGAGGGAUGUGUGGCGGGAUGGAGGGAAAGCCGGAUGGAGGGAUGUCGGUAGGGAAGGCUGGAGGGAAGGACGAGAGAGCAGCGUGGUGCAGAGCUACAGCUUCGACUCGUACCAGCUGGAGGAGGAGGAGAUCAAUAAAGAUGCCCCAGAGCGAGGAGUGCUGGCUCUGUCUGAACCUGACUUUGAGGAGCCAAUUCCUGACGACCGUUACCAUGGCAUCUACUUUGCGAUGCUAUUGGCUGGAGUGGGUUUCCUGCUUCCCUACAACAGUUUCAUUACGGAGGUGGACUACCUGCACAGCAAGUUUCAAGGCUCAUCUAUAGUGUUUGACAUGAGUCUGACGUACAUCCUGGUGGCGCUGUUGGCCGUCAUCCUCAACAAUGUGCUGGUGGAGAGACUCAGCCUGCACACCAGGAUUACAGUGGGUUACAUCUUAGCCCUGGGGCCGCUGGUCUUCGUCAGCGUCUUUGAUGUCUGGCUUGCAAAAUUCACCACCAGACAGGCUUACAUCGUCAACCUCGUAUCAGUGGGAGUCGUAGCCUUUGGAUGCACAGUGCAGCAGUCCAGUUUCUAUGGUUACAUGGGGAUGCUGCCCAAGAGGUACACACAGGGGGUGAUGACUGGAGAGAGCACAGCUGGAGUGAUCAUCUCCCUCUCUCGCAUCUUCACCAAGCUGCUCAUAUCCGAUGAGAGGAGGAACACGCUCAUCUUCUUCCUAGUCUCCAUUGCCAUGGAGAUGCUUUGUUUCCUGCUGCACCUGCUGGUCCGACGUUCCCAGUUCGUACGCUACUACACCAACCACGCCCAGGGCAAAUGCCCGGGCAAAAGCCAUGACCCGCGUGACAAUGGGACUGGAUACAGAGUCCACCACGAUGUCACUGCAGAGGAAGUAAGAUUUGGAAAUGGUGGUGCAGGACCGUCCACCACAGAAGAAGGUGUUGAGGACUUUGUGGGCGGCACCUAUGUGCGAUUUGAUGCCCCAAAGGUCAAGAUAAGAAGAAGCUGGCCUGGUGUCCGUGACAUGAUCUUGCAUCGUUACGUGGUGUCACGUGUGAUCUGGGCGUACAUGUUAUCCAUAGCGGUGACCUACAGCAUCACUCUAUGUCUUUUCCCUGGGCUGGAGUCAGAGAUUCGAAACCCCACCCUCGGGGAAUGGCUCCCAAUCCUCAUCAUGGCCACCUUCAACAUGUCGGACUUUGUCGGCAAGAUCCUGGCAGCACUGCCGUAUGACUGGUCUGGAGGCCGCUUGCUCUUCUUCUCCUGCCUCCGUGUUAUCUUCAUCCCUCUCUUCGUCAUGUGCGUGUACCCGGCCAGCUCACCCACUCUACCCCACCCUGCCUGGCCCUGCCUCUUCUCCCUCUUAAUGGGAGUCACCAAUGGAUACUUUGGCUCUGUGCCUAUGAUUCAGGCUGCUGGCAAAGUGCCGCCCGAGCAGAGGGAGCUGGCAGGUACGCUACUCUAAUCAUUUUUACACUGAUUGAUAAUAUUGAAAUAUUAACUUUGACACAACUAAGUGAUGUUUCUUCUUUCAAGGUUGAACGUGUUCGUUGUUACAAUCAUUUCUCAUACAAAAGAAAUCCUGUUUUAUCUCUUUUAUGGUAAGCUGUAAGAACAGUGUUUGUUGAGUUCCUUUAUAAGACCUCAGGUUUAGGUUAACUUU